UUAUUCGGUUUUCGGUUCGGUUCGGUUUAAACAUGUUAAAUAACCGAUCAAACCGAAAAACCGAACCCAACCCCUUCAUUCAUCCCUGAACCCAUGAACCCCUUCAUUCAUACGCUUCUUCAGCAGCCCAACCCCUUCAUUCAUCCCGUUCUCCUCUGCCUAUCGUACGCUUCAGCAGCCUAUCGUACGCUUCAGCAGCCCAACCCCUGAACCCCUUCAUUCAUCCCGUUCUCCUCUGCAGUCUCCUCUCCUGAACCCGAUUCCCCCCCGAACCCCUAUUCUCUCUCUCGAAUCCCGAUUCCUCCCCCUGGCCUCUCUUUCUCUUUCACGUCGACCUCCGACCGCUGACCGUCGACCAUCAACCUCUUUCCCGUCGAUUUGGUGAGUUUCGCCGCCGACCGUGGACUGAUCUCUUGAGAGCAGAUGAAGCAGUGAUUACAUGAUUUAGGGAUUUCUUGUCUGCGAGAGGGAAAAACAGCAAGGAAGAGGAAGAAGAAUGUUCUGAGUUAUGGAACACUUGGGCAGGUUCCAAAUUAGAAAUAAAAAAUUAAAAAAAAAAAAUUUCGGUUUUAACCGAACCGAACCGAACCGAACCGAUUUUUAUCGGUUCGAUUCGGUUCGGUUAUACCUCCAGAAUCGGUUUUUUCGGUUUUAAAAAUUUCAGCAAAUCGGUUUUCGGUUUUAUCGGUUCGGUUCGGUUCGGAACCGAACCGACCGAUUGCACAGGGCUACCCUUUGAUAGGGUUUUAUUUGAGCGCUGAAACGCAGUGCAAGAUUCCAGGAUUCAUAUAUGGCGUCUGCUUUAUCAAGAAGUGCCGAUCAUUUCUUCAACGCCCGUCGGUUUACCAGUCUUCGCUUCCUCAGUCAAUGCAGACCGUCCGUGCCUCCGCCGCCUCCGCCGCCAGUACCAUCACCGGCGCCGGUUCUCGAGAAUCGAAAUCUCCCUCCAUUUCGCUCGGCUGUACCUGUAGAUAUAGGAGUGCACUCCAUUUGGAUUCAUCAAAGAUUUUUAUCUAGUGCAAGUGCAAACGCUGGCACUGUUAGCUCAGAAACAUCAAGAAAAGCUGAAGACGCUAAAUCUGAUGGAGGUGAGAAGUCUGGUGAUUCGCAGCAGGACAGUGAUGCGGGAAAGCCUGUACGCGGAGGGCCUAUAUCGUGGUUGAGUUUUCUGUUGCUGAUGGCCACUGGAGUUGGAAUAAUCUUAUACUACGAUAAGGAGAAGAAGCGGCAUAUUGAAGAAAUAAAUAAAGCUUCUGAGACUGUCAAAGAAGGACCAUCUGUGGGAAAAGCAGCCAUCGGGGGCCCAUUUAAUCUCAUCAAUCAUGAAGGAAAGCAAGUAACAGAAAAAGAUUUUCUGGGGAAAUGGACAAUAAUAUAUUUUGGUUUCACUCACUGCCCUGAUAUUUGCCCAGAUGAGCUGAUAAAGCUAGCUGCUGCAGUCGAUAAAAUAAAGGAAAAGGCAGGGUUUGAGAUUGUGCCUGUUUUCAUCUCUGUCGAUCCUGAGAGAGAUACUGUUGAGCAAGUGCGCGAAUAUGUCAAUGAGUUCCAUCCUAAUUUAAUUGGGUUAACUGGCAACCCUGAUGAGAUAAAGAAAGCUGCUCGAGCAUAUCGGGUCUAUUAUAUGAAGACAGCAGAGGAAGAUUCAGAUUAUCUGGUCGAUCAUUCCAUAGUCAUGUACUUGAUGGAUCCUGGCAUGCAAUUUGUAAAGUUCUUUGGGAAGAACAAUGAUGUGGAUUCACUGGCAGAUGGUGUUAUUAAAGAGAUAAAGCAGUACAAAUCAAAAAAGUAGACGCCUGUCAAACUCUCUAGCGUCUCCUCUUAUCCCUUUUUUUUUAUGUGAUAGUUUCCUGAAGAAUUAAAGAUUAUAUUUUGUUACUGGCCUGGUAAUUGUUUCCGGGGCAUCCCAAAAAUGCUGGGGACUCGAGCUAUGAGCAAUGAGAUGUCAGUCAUCAAAUGUAGCAAUAAUUUUUGAAAUAUGAACCGAUGCAAUUAUUUGUUUUAA